AGCCAUCCAAGUCAUCUCAUUAAUAGUCAUCCUGUUCAUCCUUAUCCUGCAAGUCAUCCCGGUCAUUCAAAAAGUCCCAGUCAUCCUUGUCGUCCAUGUUAUUCCAGUCAUCCCAGUGACCCCUGUUAUCCCAGUCAUCCUCUCAUCAUAGUAAUCUUAGUCAUCCAAGUCAUCCUAGUAUCCCACUCAUUCCGUUCAUCCUAGUCAUCUUAGUCACCUGAGUGAUCUCAGUCAUCCUACUCAUCCUAUCUAUCCUAUUUAUCCCAGUCAUACCAGACAACCUUAUCAUCUCAGUUAUCUCAUCAUCCUAGUUGUCCAGUUUUUCUAGGUAACGUUGUCAUCACAGUCAUCCCAGUAACCUAGCUAAGUCAUCCUAAUCAUCCAAGUCACUCCCGUCAUCCCGUGACCCCAGUUGCCUAGUCAUCCCAGUCCUCCUAGUCAUCCCAGUAACCCUAGUUAUCCCUGUUAUCACAGUUAUUCCAGUCACCAUAGUCAUCUCAAUUAUCUCGAUCAUCACCCCAUUCAUCCUAGUCGCCCCAGUUAUUGUGCUUUUCCUUUUCUCCACAAUCAUCCCUGUCACCCAUGUUUUCACAGUAAAUCAAGUCAGCCAAUUCAUUCUAGUCAUGCUAGUUGUCCUAGUCAUGCCAGUCAUCCCAACCAUCCAAGUCAUGUCAUUAAUAGUCAUCCUAAUCGUGCAAGUCAUUCCAGUCAUCCAAAGCAUCCCAGUCAUCCCAGUCAUAUUAGUCAUCCCAGUCAUAUUAGUCAUCCCAGUCAUCCCAGCCAUCCAACUCAUUUAAUCAAUAGUCAUCCUAUUCAUCCUAAUCAAGCAAGUCAUCCCAGUCAUCCAAGUCAACUUUUUUUUGCGGAUCACUGGAAAAAUAGCAAAAAACGCAAAAAUCAGAACCUGAAAAAUUUUGUGCCACAUGGUAGUCAUCCUAUCAUUCUAUCCUAUUCAUCCCAGUCAUACCAGACACCCUUGUCAUCUCAGUUAUCUCAUCAUCCUAGUCAUCCCAGUUUUUCUAGUUAUCCUUGUCAUCACAGUCGUCUCACGCGGGUAGCUAAGUCAUCCUUAUCAUCCAAGUCACUCCUGUCACCCCAGUUAUCCCAGUCAACUCAGUUCUUCUAGUCAUCGUAGUAAUCCUAGUCUUCCUAGUCUUCCCAGUCUUCCCAGUCAUCCCAGCCAUCCCAGUCACUCCAGUCACCCCAGUCACCCUAGUCAACCUCAGAGUUCACAUGCACCUUGAAAGUCCUUGAAAGUAGUCCUUGAAUUUCAGUGCUUACUUUAUCCAACCCAGAUUCUCAAGUGCCUAAAAGGAGCAAACACAGAGAGACCUUCAGGAUAAAAAUUAAAAUUGCAGACAUGUUGUGGAAGAACUAAAAAAGACAUAUACUCAAGGCUAUGAUUGGAGUCCUUGAAGAAUGGGAAAUUUGUCCUUGAAAAGUCCUUGAAUUUUUUUAAUCAAAACGGGAUACAAACCCUGCAACCAAGUCAUCCCGGUCAUUCUAGUCAUUCCUGUCAUCCCAGUCAUCUUCUUGUCCUAGUUAUUCUAGUCAUAAUCAUCCCAGUCAUCCUGGUUAUCUCAGUUAUCUCAGUAACCCUAGUCAUCCUAGUGCCCCACUCAUUCCAGUUACCCUAGUCAUCUCAGUCACCCCAGUUAUCCCAGUCAUCUUAGUCAUCCUAGUCAUCCCUUUCAUACCAGACACCCUAGUCAUCUCAGUCACCCCAGUUAUCCCAGUCUUCCUAGCCAUCCUAGUCAUCCCAGUCAUACCAGACACCCUAGUCAUCUCAGUCACCCCAGUUAUCCCAGUCUUCCUAGCCAUCCUAGUCAUCCCAGUCAUACCAGACACCCUAGUCAUCUCAGUCACCCCAGUUAUCCCAGUCAUCCUAGUCAUCCCAAUCAU